CAGCCCCGCCCAAUGGUUCCGCUACGUGCACGCGCUGGGGGCAGCCCCGCCCUCCGGGCCCGCCGCGCGCGGUCUCGGGUGCCGCGAGGAGGCGGCGCGCGCGGGGAGUGGGGGUGCCCCGCGGAGGCCGCUGUCGCCGUGCGCUGACGUUUGGCUCCCGUCCGCCACCGUAGGUGCGGCGCUUCCGGUGGGCGGCCGGAUGACGUGGCCGGGGCAGCGGAAGCAGCGUCUCGUCGGUAGCGGCUGGGUCGGAUCCGGGCUGGGCAGAGCGAGGGCGGCUCGGGGGCAGCCUGGUGCUUGCGGCGGUGACGCGGAGGAGGCCGGCGGGGAGGAUGGAGCUGCCCAGGCUGCUGCUGUGCGCGGCGUCCGCGGCGCUGCUGCUGUUGCGGGCCAGGGCCGACGAGCACGAGCACACGUACCAAGAUAAAGAAGAAGUCGUUCUUUGGAUGAAUACAGUAGGACCUUAUCACAAUCGCCAAGAGACAUACAAAUACUUCUCUCUUCCCUUUUGCGUGGGAUCAAAAAAAAGCAUCAGUCAUUAUCAUGAAACACUAGGAGAAGCACUUCAAGGAGUUGAAUUGGAAUUUAGUGGCUUGGACAUUAAAUUUAAAGAUGAUGUAAUGCAGACCACAUACUGUGAAAUUGACUUGGACAAAGCAAAGAGAGAUGCAUUUGUGUAUGCUAUCAAAAAUCACUAUUGGUAUCAGAUGUAUAUUGAUGACCUGCCAAUAUGGGGAAUUGUUGGUGAAGCAGAUGAAAAUGGGGAAGACUAUUAUCUUUGGACCUACAAAAAACUUGAAAUUGGUUUUAAUGGGAAUAGAAUUGUGGAUGUGAAUCUGACAAGUGAAGGAAAGGUCAAAUUGGUUCCAAAUACCAAAAUCCAAAUGUCAUAUUCAGUGAAAUGGAAAAAAUCCGAUGUGAAGUUUGAAGAUCGAUUCGACAAGUACCUUGACCCAUCUUUCUUUCAACACAGAAUUCACUGGUUUUCAAUUUUCAAUUCCUUCAUGAUGGUCAUCUUUCUGGUGGGUUUAGUAUCUAUGAUAUUAAUGAGAACAUUGCGAAAAGAUUAUGCACGAUAUAGCAAAGAAGAAGAAAUGGAUGAUAUGGACAGAGAUCUGGGUGAUGAAUAUGGGUGGAAACAGGUCCAUGGAGAUGUUUUUAGACCGUCCAGUCAUCCUUUAAUAUUUUCAUCGCUUAUUGGCUCUGGUUGCCAAAUCUUUGCAGUUUCUUUCAUAGUUAUCAUUGUUGCAAUGAUAGAGGAUUUAUACACAGAGCGAGGAUCAAUGCUUAGCACAGCUAUAUUUGUUUAUGCUGCAACAUCCCCAGUGAAUGGAUAUUUUGGAGGAAGCCUUUAUGCUAGACAAGGAGGAAGGCGAUGGAUAAAGCAAAUGUUCAUUGGGGCUUUCCUUAUUCCAGCGAUGGUGUGUGGCACUGCCUUCUUCAUUAACUUUAUUGCCAUCUAUUAUCAUGCUUCACGGGCUAUUCCCUUUGGAACAAUGGUGGCAGUAUGCUGUAUCUGUUUCUUUGUUAUUCUUCCAUUGAACCUUGUUGGUACAAUUCUUGGCCGAAAUCUGUCGGGCCAGCCCAACUUUCCUUGUCGUGUCAAUGCUGUGCCUCGUCCAAUACCGGAGAAAAAAUGGUUCAUGGAACCAGCUGUUAUAGUUUGCCUAGGUGGAAUUCUCCCUUUCGGAUCAAUUUUCAUUGAAAUGUAUUUUAUUUUCACUUCAUUCUGGGCUUACAAGAUCUACUAUGUUUAUGGCUUCAUGAUGUUGGUGCUGGUUAUCCUCUGCAUUGUGACAGUCUGUGUGACCAUUGUAUGUACGUACUUCCUGCUAAAUGCAGAGGAUUAUAGGUGGCAAUGGACGAGCUUUCUUUCUGCUGCAUCAACUGCAAUCUAUGUUUACAUGUAUUCCUUUUACUACUACUUUUUCAAAACAAAAAUGUAUGGCUUGUUUCAAACAUCAUUUUACUUUGGUUAUAUGGCGGUAUUUAGCACAGCCUUGGGGAUAAUGUGUGGAGCUAUUGGUUACAUGGGAACAAGUGCCUUUGUUCGUAAAAUCUACACUAAUGUGAAAAUUGACUAAGGAAAUAAGAAAACUUAACUAUGGAUCAGUUACUGUUUUCAAUGGGGGUGAACUUGCACAACAAAAAGCGCAAGAAGAGAGUUUGGUUUUAACACUGGGCCUCGUGUGGGUCUCCAUUUUGUGGAUGGCUUAAAGUAACAUCUAUUUUCAUUGAUUCUAGAUUCUUACUGACUGCUUUCUCCAACUGUUCACAGCAAAUGCUUGGAUUAUAUGCAGUAGGCAUUACUACAGUACAUGGCUAAUCUUCCCAAAAAAACCUAGCUCAUUAAAGAUGAAUAGGCUAGCUCUCUUCAGUGAAGAGGACAAACAGUUUAUUUCAAGCAUUUGUUCCAUUCAAUAAAAAGAGGGAAACUUGGCUACUAAAACUGCUUGAUUAGUAGUCUUCCUGGUACUUAACAUUUCUAAAUUAUCUAAAAAUGCUGUUCUAGAAAGAUUACUUUUCUGGUUUUCACUGCCAUUGUCAGGAUAGAAGUAUGUUUUGUAUUUUGACUCUGGGUGCUUCUUUUUGGUUCAUUUGCAGUAUCAACUAUCCCUACACCCAUUUGUCUAAAAAAUAUAUUAAACUCACCUGCAUGUAAUAUAUCAGCGAUCUUUCUAGUUGGACCAAUUUCCCAUUUAUUUAUCUUUAAAGUAAUAUCCAGUUACAUCUUAAAUCCAUCCAAAGAAGAUACAGUCUGAAGACAGUGCAAUUUACUGUACAGUUAGAAAGCAAAAUGUUAAAUGAAGAGGAUGCUGUUUGUUUUUAUUAAACGUUUUGAGGUCUAGAUUAAAACAAAACCAGCGUUUUAACUGAAUGUCUAAAGUGAUUCUCCUUUUUUUUUUUUUUUUUUUUUCCCCAAGUUAGUCUUUUUUUCCAGUUUGGGUUUGAAUGAAGGCUUUCCUUAAGACAUUAUAAAGCGGUAAUAAGUGUAUAUAACAUUAAAUAAUGUAACUUAGAUGUAGAUCUCAAAUGUAUUUGGAUGUACAGAUUUACUACAGAGUACUUUUUUCUGAUGAUUCGGUGUACAAAUAUGUGAAUUUGGGUGGCUUUUUACAUCUUGCCUGCCAUUGCAUGAAACGUUGGGGUUUCCUCACAAUAUGUGUAUGUCCUACUUUCUGGUCUGUUUCCUUUCUGAAGCUCUUACAGGAGUUAAUUUGUAAUUUAGAACAUUUUAAUUUUUGUUUAAUCCUAUCUGGACACUUGUGUAACAUAUAAAGCAUGGUUGCUUUAGAGUGUUCAGAAAACUAAAAUAAACUUUUCAGACAAAAAUGUUCUGAUUGUGAAAAUAGAUGAAUUUUCAGUUGAAAAUGUCUGUUUAAAAAGGCAAGACUAUUGAAUGCCACUUUCUGUAUACAGUAGUACUGUGUUUUUCAAAUAUUGAAAACCCACACUUCAAAGUCUGAGAAAGUUUGCCUAUAUUUGGGCUAUCCAGUACAGUUCCAAAGAUGGCCAGCUGAGAAAGAUCCUUCUUGACUGAGAUGUUUAUGGGGAAAUUUGUUGAUCCAAUUAGUACACCGGGGAAAAGGAAUGAGAGGAGCACUAAUAUAAACCGGCAAAUAAAGGUUAAGAUUUUCUAAGACAAAUGAGUGUUAAUUGUGUAGUGUACUUGGCUAGAAGGAUUCUUCGUGUUAAAUUCUUCAUUUGUUUCCAUGAGAGAUUAAAAGCCAGUCAGCUUGGGAUUUUGGCACAUGCCAUAUAGGGAUGGCUUUCAUAAGACUGUCUGUUUGGAACAUAACAUUUGCCCCAGAAAAUGCAACUUGUUGAAUUAAAAAGAAAAAAAGGACAGUGACCCCAUGCAAUAAUUAUCCCUAAAUUGUGUAUUUAUAAAACGUACCAUUAUUGAGCUGAGGGAUGAAAUACCAUUCCACCCUUGAAGAGGAGGGAACCGAACUCAUAGGAAGUAUUUAUUAUAAGGUACAUUUCUAGAAAAUUGUGCACCCUGUGCGUGUAUAUUUUAUGUGAAGUAUGCGAGCUUUAAAUGAAUGGAAUGUUGAUUUUCUUGGCCAGUGUUAACUGAUCUUUGCAGGAAAAGAGAAGUGGCAUUUAAAGUAAGUGUAUAGUUGGUUGUAGCUAUAUUUUGCUGUUUGACAUAUGAUAGUUCUAGUUUAAAAGCACAUAGACUCACUCCAAAGGGAGCAUAAACUUGGUCAGCAAUUAUUUUGCCUUAAUAAAAUGACUGUUUCACAAAA